GCGGGGGUGUUGUUCCGUGCGGGGUGGCCGAUUUUUUGUCGAGGGGAGGCGUUUGUGAAGGUUUGCUGUUAAGAUUUGGCCACGAUAGCAAGGGACGACCAGUGUGUAUUCAUCUGGACUUUCGCGAAACCCACAGUCAUCUCCAAUUCAACCUGAGGUUGAUUCCAAUUUGAGCGGAUCUUUCACGGAAAAGAGUGCGGAGGCACGUCUUAUAACCAGAAUCCUACUUUAUCUACAAUGAAUCCAGAAUAUGACUACUUGUUCAAACUGCUGCUAAUUGGGGAUUCAGGAGUGGGGAAAUCCUGCCUCCUUCUUAGAUUUGCGGAUGACACCUAUACUGAGAGCUUCAUCAGCACAAUUGGUGUGGAUUUUAAAAUCCGCACGAUCGAGCUGGACGGGAAGACGAUCAAGCUGCAGAUCUGGGACACGGCCGGCCAGGAGCGCUUCCGCACCAUCACCGCCGCCUACUACCGGGGCGCACACGGCAUCAUCGUUGUCUACGACUGCACCGACCAGGACAGCUUCGCCAACGUCAAGCAGUGGCUGAAGGAGAUCGACCACUACGCCACCGACAACGUCAACAAGCUGCUGGUCGGCAAUAAGUGCGACCUCACUACCAAGAAGGUGGUUGACUUCGCCACAGCCAAGGCGUACGCCGACCAGCUGGGCGUGCCGUUCCUGGAGACGUCGGCCAAGUCGUCCACCAACGUGGAGCAGGCGUUCAUGACGAUGGCGGCCGAGAUCAAGGGCCGGGUGGGGCCGGGCUCGACGGCAGAGCCGGCCGGUAGCCGCGUCCUCAUCCAGCAGGGGCGCGACGUGCAGCCGGACAAGGGCGGCUGCUGCUGAGCGCCGGCCGAGGUGCUGGAGAGCCGAGCCCACCUCCAGGCCCAGUCGCGGGAACAUCUCAGCGGACGAGUUUGCAUGGACAGACUGCUGCCAUCGGCCACCAGGCCAUCAUCCACUCACCUUCAGCCACUAAGCCAUCGUCCAAUCACCUCCGGCCACUAGGCUGUCAUCCAAUCACCUUCGGCCACUAGGCCGUCAUCCAAUCACUAUUUAUGCGUUUAAUCCAGUCAUCCAUGGAUAUAGCCGUAAAAUCCCAGUACCGCAACGCUAAAAUGUUUUACGCAGAAGAGAGUAUCGUUGAGUUUGUGCAUUUACCUAAGCAUGCGUAGACAUUGUAAGCACACGUGUUCACGCCCUCGCCCGGACACAGCACCUGUUGAGUGUUAUCCACCACGUACAGACGGCGUCCUUCGCGCCCACUGCUGGCAAGGGCCGGCGCGAGCGCGCGAUGGUGGCGCUGUCCCGCGGGCGACGCCAACGGGAGGCUGGUGAGGGGCGCCCCGAGACGGCGCAGACCGUGUCCUGGCGUGCGGUCGGCGCGUGCCCGGUCGGUGGAGCUGGCGGCCGAUGCGGGCUGGUGGGGCUGUGACUUUGACUUCUGAGGGGACUGGGGGAGACUGGCGGGUCCUCCGAGGACGUCACCAGAGCCGUCGGCAUCCGCAGGUGGCGUCUGGGCGCCGGGAUGCGCUGCCGUUGCGGGCUGUGCCGCUAGGUGACGCUGUGUGGCUCGUGAGCAAUUAUGCGGGCGUAGCGUCGGCAGGCGUCUUUGAGUUGAUAUGGAGGGGGACGUGCGGUAUUGCGAUGUAUUUAGGUGGGUUUGCUGGUCUGUAUAUUGGGAGCUUCUCAGCUAGUGAAGCCAGUUGCCAGAUUCUUUGAGCGUUUUCAUUGCAGAUCUAUCAGGCAGUGUGUGCGUGUCUGCGUGUGCUCCAAUUGCUAUGCGGACGGCCUGUGAGCACAUCGUCAUGGCAACAUUCGGGCUUAUGAGACGGAUAAUUGUGAUACAUUCGCAUGCUGCGUGGUUUUGGUAAGCUGUCGUUGAACGGUGCUGGUGUAGAAUGUCUCGCCUGUGCUGUAGAACACGAGUGACCGUUAGGUGGGCCUCGUUGGCCCGUGGGGCGUGCGUGUGCGUGUGCGGUGCCUCUGUGAAUACAUGCUUUCCAUGCAUAUA